UCCCAGUUCGGUUCGAGACGCCGGCCGAAAACGAUCGACGCUUAAGCAUCGGAGCUGCUGCGAAACUGUAACAAGCAGCGAUCAAUUCGCCGAAAUAACUGUAUCUUGAAGAUUUUAUUCUACGUUAUCGUCGUCGUUGUCGAAUAAGCAUAUUUCGUUAGCGGUGGACGACGGCGGUGUUUGUUUGUUUUUUUUUUUUUUUUUUGUUUUAUUUAUUUUUCUCUCUCUUUUCGUCCGUCCAAUCGGCGUACAAGAUUCUUUCAUUCGUGAAAGCGCGCAAGCGCGCGCUGAGAUCCGGUAACCGGAAAUAAGUCAGAAUAAUCGACGGAGGAAUUUGGAUAAAUAAGAGAAUGGUGCAACCGCGGGAUAAGAAUUAUCGAGUAUUGGAAUAUCGAGUAGGGUAAAUAUAUAUAAUAAAGCCGAAAGAAGAGUAAGAGGAGUAAUAAAAAAAAAAAAUUUUCCAAUAACAAGAAAAAAACAGCCGGAAAUCGGUCGUUUCGAAUCUCAGUUUUCCCGCGUAAUAUAAUGAUUAUCGAUUUUUUUUUUUUUUUUUAAUGACAAUAUAAUUAUUCCGAAUUGUGAUAACGCGAGGAAAACAUAGUUCUUCGGAAAAUAAAGAUCGUCGAUUGUGCUUGUGGUGAAAUUAUAUCGGUUUCAGUUUGUUUGUUUUUUUUGUCAGUGAAGAAAAAAAAAUAAGAUACCUUUAAUUAAAAGCAGUGAAAAUGUUUCGACUGUGGUUCGUCAUCCUAGCCUGCAGUUUCUGCUUUGAAAUAUCAGUUUCAUCGGCUAAGGAGCCGGUGAUCAUAUCUUUCAACCUGACGACUUUUGGCGGUGACAUCGAGAGGAUUAAAUCUCUGCACAACACCAGCUGGCCCCUUGUUGGAAAGUGCUGCCCGGUUGGUCAAUUGUAUCGUUUUAACGAUGAUGAUAAUCCGGGUGAAAAUCGAUGCGAAGACCCGCGACCGAACGAGAAAAACGAGUACUCACCGUUCUUCAGCGACUUCAAUCAUUCCGGACUGUUGGUUCCAGGAUUGAAUCAACCCCAAUUCGUCGCGGUCAUCGGAAUACCUUGCCGAUAUGGAAAGUACAUAAUGGAUCCGUUGACAAUAGCGGAGGACGAGUAUCACCUCAUGAUGAACGGGAGCGUUUUCACGCCGCUGAAUAACGUGCGGAUGCUUCAACCUGGUCAAGACUACUGCAUGGAGGUCGUGUCCGAUGGAAGAUUGGUCGUCAUGGGCUGCUACCAGCCAGAACUUAAAGUAGUUACAGCGGACACGCGGCUCGCUAUGUACGCAAUCGGUCUCCUGAUUUCGGUGCCAUUUCUCCUGGCGACGAUCAUCUCGUACGUGAUAACGCGGCAGAUCUGCGACGUACAUGGCAUGAAUCUAUGCUGCUACUCCGGAUGUCUUGCGGUGGCUUUUCUCACCCUGGCGUUACUACAGCUUGGUGGACAGUCGUUCGAUCAGAACGCUUGCGUAUCGGCAGCGUUCGUCAUACAGUUCUCCUUCAUUGCCUCCUCCUUUUGGCUCAACGCUAUGACCGUCGAAAGUUGGCGUCUUAUUCGAGGGUACAAAGCAGGCUCCCCUCCUCUCACUAGUGAGCGUAGCCCUCCACUCUACAGAGUAUUCUUCUUCUACUCAAUUUGGGGAUGGGGACUUUCCGCCGUUCUCAUCGUUGUCUCCUUGGCUCUGGGUCUCAAUCCGACGAUACCGUGGACCUACGUCAAAAGAUCCGGAAACGAGCAGCCGAGCUGCUGGUUUGGUUUAGACACGUACUCGCUUCCGUAUUUCUACGUACCGGUUGGCAUCCUGGUGUUCUUGAACACGACGCUCUUCUGUGAAUAUCAACGAAACAGAACGGAUAAAAAUCGAUUCAAGGCGCCGAUGGAAACAAGAAAGCGUGAUAAUGAGAAAAAAUUUGUAACUUGUAAAUCGUCUUUUCCGUUUGGAAUCCCCCUCUACCACUCUUAUGUUAUUCUUUUUCAUCACUUUAUAACUUUUUUUUUUUGCUUUUUUUUUUUUUACCUCACACCCGUAAUUUUACAUCCACCAUUCUAUUCUAUAAUAUUUAAUAAAAAUAGAUAAAGCGUUCGCCAUUGACGUGAAAAAUCUUCUUAAACUUUCGCGAUAUGAUCAAACUUAUAUUAAAUGAUUAAAAAAUAAUCAUUAUCUUCAAUAUCACCAGCAAGAAUAUAAGUGUAUUAAACUAUACAGUUUGUCUUUACCGUUAAUUGCAUAAUUAAUUGAUUAACGUUUGUUUUCCCAUUUUGGAUAAAGAGAAGUAUUUACAUACAUACAUGCGUAGGUGUCUAAAACUAACAAUAAGCAAUUGUUCGUUUCAAUUUGUUUACCAUUCUACUUUUAUUAUUAGUAAGGCAAUAAUCAUAAAAGUUGUAGCGAUAACCGAUCAAUAUCUAUUACUUAUCUGUACAGACAAAAAAAAUAUACAACAAGUACGAUCCUAGUAUAUACCUGCCGAUGAUCCUCGUGCAGUGCAUCAGCAAUACGUACAAGGAAAAAAAAAAUAGGCAAGAUUAGAUAGUACAAUCUUUUUGUGUGACGCACCUGCCGAGAAGUAGUUAUGCCGAUAGGUAUAUAGUAGAUACA